CCUCAGUACCUGGCUGAAUUCUGUUAUAAAAUAAAAAUAAAAAAACCCACAAAAACCAAAAAACAAAACCACCAGUAAAAGAAAAUUAGGGAAGGGGGGAGUAAGCUUAAUUUAACAAGUUCCCAAGUAAGGUUAAACAAAUUCCAGGAUUGAGGUUACCGAUGCAGCUUUAACUCCAGUGAAUAUCAUUAAAAUAUCAGUAUUGAUUGUAAAUGAUACACACAUUUUCUAGGGGACUCCAAUGCAGUUAAUCCCUAACUUAAACAGAAGUCAUACAUGAAGUCUGAAACCAAAAUGAUCCUUAAUUGUGGCACUUGGAGCACUUUUUCCUUCCCAAUGUCUAGUUCCCAAGUCAAAUUCCCUUUGCCUUGAAGCUGACCAUUUAAUACUGAUUUCUACAUAGAACUUUGUCCACUGUCUGCAUGAAAUGAAGCAGCAAAUGAGGAAACAACACCAUCUAAUUCUUUCUACUACAUGAACCUGUAUUUUAAUCUGCUGCAAGGUGAAGGAACAAAUAUUGUCAGUGUAUUUUUGAGAUAAUAGUGCAGGACAACAAAAUGAUGCUGGGGCUGUGGAAUAAUUUGUUUCAUUCUCAUUCUGGGAAUCAUAUCUGUUACUUUGCCUCUGUGUUUUGUGUACCUUCCCUUUUGCUGUGGUCUCCUCUUGUACUCUGCCUAGUUUGCUUCUUUUUUACACACAUAAGCCUUUUUCAUUUUCUGUAAUGAGCUAACCUCUCCUACCUGGUUUGUCUAUUCUUUAUGUUUUCAAAAUACCAAGCUUUUCCCCUUUGUCUGAAAUCUACCUCUUUCCUCCCCCUUUCCUUGGUAGCUUCCUUCCUUUUUUUUUAACUCAUAUUUUUUUCAUUUCCUAGUUGUCCUCUGUCUUUAUCCUUACCUCUGUUCCUUAGUGUCUCCUGGUUCAGUCCCAACUGUGCCCUAUUUUCAACCUCCUAUGAGGUAGAUUCAUCUCUAUGAGCUGUUUCUCCUGCCUUCCUGCUUCACAUUUCAUGUUUUAAUUCUCCUCACAGUUUUUAGAGUUUCUAGCCUAAAGUUUUGACUGCAGACCUUGGGCAACUUCUUGUGGAGGGCAAUGGUAAUCACACUUCUGAUACUGAGGGAAUGCUAAAUAUUAAAAUUACUGCAAAAGCAUCCCAAAGUUGAUUUAAUAUGAUUGAAAAAAACACAUUUCCUCUUCCCCUAUUUUCAGGGAUAUCUGACUAGCUUUAGCUGAAACUUGUGUACUCUGCUGGAGUCAGCUGACUAGGAUGAAAAAUUUGUGGUCCAAACGUGGUGCCAAAGCUGUAGAAAGCUGACUUCAUGCUUUUUAAAUGGAAAGUCUGAGAUUACUUUAAUUGCAGGCACCUGUAUCACUUUCAAAAUCAUGAGUAUAGUUCUCAAAUGCAUUUGAGCACUAAUUUAGGGAUGGGAAAGUCAUUUAACUGAUAUAUUGGUUCAAGCUUAAACCAAGAAUUUUCUAGUUCAAGCACAAAACAAGUAUUUUUCAGAAAAUCCUACUCAGGAACGUUCACAUUUGUGCUGUAUUCUAAGGCCACGCUGAGCACUUUCUCAGUUGUGUAAAACAUGGUUGGCAGCUUCCCUUUUGUGCAGUGGCUGUGAUGCCUUGGGAAGGCUGACCUGGAGGGAGACUGGACAGAGCUAGAGAAUAGAGUGGGUAUUUACUGAAAGGCCUCCAGGGUACACCUCGGGCAGGACAGGAACCUGACCAGGGCUACACUCAGGGUGGACUAAAUGGUCACAAAAUGGCUGAGCAGUCAUUUUUAUAUGUUUUGGUCCAUUUGCAUAUUGGGGUUUAAUUGCCCAAUUACAGCUUCAGGUUGUGAGGUCUCAUCCUUCUUGUUCCUCCCUUCAUCCCACCGCUGUUUCUGCUUUUGGGCCUGAAGGUUGUCCUUGGUCUCCAUCUGGGAAAGGAUUUGUUCUGUCUACCUACUCUGUGAAAAGAGCUUACUAACACUUAAUAUGAGGCUCAGAACUACACCCCUGGGCAGCACAGAAUCUGGAAAACAUGAAAAUUAAAGCUUAAGGCAUCAGGUCCCGGGCUGGUUUGUGCGGCUGCCUGGCUCCCAGGAGUGGCUGCGGCUGCUCCGAGCAGCGCUGGGUGUGACACUGCCGGAGAGUGCGGGCGGUGCGGGGCGAAGCGCUCCUCUCCUCUCCUGUGCUCCUCUCCUCUCCUGUGCUCCUCUCCUGUGCUCCUCUCCUCUCCUGUGCUCCUCUCCUCUCCUGUGCUCCUUUCCUCUCCUGUGCUCCUCUCCUGUGCUCCUCUCCUGUCCUCUCCUCUCCUGUGCUCCUCUCCUCUCCUGUGCUCCUGUCCUCUCCUCUCCUGUGCUCCUGUCCUCUCCUGUGCUCCUCUCCUCUCUUGCAGCUGCUGCAUGAGCAGUUUAUGUGCUGAUAAAUGGUGUCCCUAUUAUCUCUGGUGGGUCUUGGCUAUCCCACUCCACUCAGGUUAUCAGAGCAGUUGCUGGAACUCUUAAAGGGACUGUUUUCUUCUGUCAUCAUAAAUCAAGGGUCAUCAUAUAGCCGAGGCCACCGGUCUGCAGGAGCAAGGAGACCUCCUCUGAUAUCUGUAUUUAUAGCAUCUUAAAUGCAAGGCACCGAGGAAGGAAAACUAAUGGAAAGUGUAACGUAGUCAAGAAAGGAGGAGAAAAAUGAUCCAAGUGGGAAGUGAUCUGAGUCAACAAAGCUGCUGUGAAAAAAAAAAAAAGCAGAGGUCAUCUCAGCAAGCAUGAAGAAGAACAUGUGUGACACCCAGGAGUUCAUUAUUUCACUAUAAGAGACCUCAGUCCCUAUGUAUCUGUGAAUUUUUCUACAGUCAUGCCUUCUGAAGAUAUUGAGAAGCAGAAAUGAUUUAUGGUCUCUGUGGAAACUGUCCAUGGCAGGUUUCACAACUACAGUGGUUGGCAUCAUCAUGCACAACAGAUAAACUGGGCAAUACCAUUUGGAGCACACUGUGGCCGGAAUAUGUGUGAGCAGAAAGAAGCAGUAUCUAUCACUUAAACACUGUCUAUCUGAUUUUGGGUUUUCUCUCACCUAUUAUAACACUUCAAGAAUUGUGCCUGCCAGCAACUUGUUUUCCAAAGCACCAGGUUUUGUUGUUGACAGAUGACCCAACAGGACUGUUUUAUUCUACCACAUACCCAACGUGACUGCUGUUGAAGGAUUUCUGAAGACUACAUGUCAGAUUGCUGUCAAAAUGAGUGAAACACCUUCAAGCAGUUACUCUGUGAAUCAUCCAAACUCCUCUGAGAGUGAACAGAGUUUAUCCACCCGCCACUUCAAUGUUACUGAGCCUGUUGUGGCAAAACGGAUUUGUUUCUAUAAAAGUGGAGACCCGCAGUUUAAUGGGAUCAAAAUGGUAGUUAACAGCAGGUCCUACAAGACAUUUGAUGCCUUGCUGGAUAGUUUGUCCAAACGUGUCCCGCUACCUUUUGGGGUAAGGAAUAUUAGUACACCAAGAGGGAGACACAGCAUCACCAAUCUGGAGGAUCUGGAAGAUGGAAAAUCCUAUAUUUGCUCCCAUCAGAGGAAAAUGAAGCCCAUCAACCUGGAACAGGCCAGCAAGAAGCCACUGCCCUGGCAGAUCAGCAGGCCUGUCAGCGCUCGCCGUCGAGCUGUGCAAUUAGCAAGGCAGCAUGAAAAUGGGUUUGGCCAUCGAGAAAGCAGAAUAACAACUCCCAAAAAGAUGCUUGUUUUCAAAAAUGGAGACGUAAGGCUUAGGCGCACCAUAGUUUUGGGAAAGAAAAAUACACAAACAUUUGAGGCCUUUCUGGAUUAUAUGAGUGAGUUAAUGCAGUAUCCAGUUGCAAAACUGUAUACCACCGAUGGCAGAAAGGUACCUAAUCUUCAGGCCCUGAUAUUGUGCACGGGAGCUGUAGUUGCAGCAGGGAGAGAGCCUUUUAAACCAAGCAAUUAUGAAUCUCUUGGGUAUUUGCGGCCUGCUAAAUUGCUUGGAAUUGGAAAUCGUGUGUACCCAAAAGCAAAUACCAAGCCAGAAACUGAAAAGACUAGGAAAUGGAAUGUGUCAGUCUUCACCAGUGAUGUGCCAUCUGCAGGAACAAGUUCAAAGGUUUAUAUUGCAUUGUAUGGGGAUCGUGGCAGUUCGGGUCCUAUUUUUCUUGACGGAGAGAAGGGAGAAUUAUUUCAGAGAGGCAAUGAAGAUAUCUUCACAGUCAAUACUAAGAACAUAGGACGUCUCUACAAAAUACGUAUAGGACAUACAAAUGCAGGAAACUCCCCUGGCUGGCACUGCAAAGAGGUGCGGUUGCUGAACCUUUUCUCAGGGGAGCAGUUCUCUUUCCCUGCACAUCGAUGGCUGUCCAAGGACCAAGCUGAUGGGGAAAUAUCUGUGGAGCUUCCUGUUUUACAGCAGGGUCAGCCUAUUCUUCCAGUGACUGUCUACAAAGUGCAUGUGACAACAGGAGACCUGUGGAAUGCUGGAACUGAGGCUGAUGUCUAUAUUUCUGUCUAUGGAGAAAGAGGUGAUACAGGAUCGAGACAGCUGCUCAAGUCACAGAAAUCCAAGAAAUUUUUAAAAGGACAAACUGACAUCUUUGCUCUUGAAGCUGUGCACCUUGGAUGUUUGUACAAGAUUGGUAUAGGACAUAAUGGGCUUGGAUCAGGAAAUGGAUGGUUUCUGGACAAAGUUGUAAUCAAGGAUCCUGUAACAGAUUUGGAUUAUACUUUUCUUUGUCACAGGUGGCUGGACCAGGGACAGGAUGAUGGCAAUAUUGCUAGAGAACUGCCUGUGACAGAUGCCAGCACUUUUCCAGGAAGACAAGAGCUGGAACUCAAAAAAGAAAAAACUUGGGCUGCAGAAAAGUGGAAAUUUCAGAAAGGCAUUACACUUCAGUUUUACAACAGACUCACCCAUGGCUUCAUUUGUCUCUACCCAGAUAGCAGAGUUGAUGCCCUUGGUGACAAGAAAAACAAAUACGAAAAACUUCUUGUCAUCUUCAGUUUGGUGCUCCCACAGAACACACAUGGCAAGGACAGCUGGAGACUUUUGAAACUAGAUCCAUCUAAGAUAACAAGUUCAAAUUUAGGUUUUUUUGAUGUAAAUGUCAAAAAGAGAAAUACAUGUAUAUUCAGCAGUCAUCAGAUGACAUCUCUUGCCCUUGCUCUUGUCAGUGGGCAUGUAACUGGAAAGAGCAAAGACAAAGCGUGCUGUGAGCUCCGUGUUCACCUUCAGCCGAACCGCUGUGCCACUCUUGAGUCCGCCAGCUACCCAGGCCACACUGUGGCUUUCAAUCUCCAAGGCAGAGUAGCUGAAGAAACAACAGGAUAUGCCCGGCUUUCCAAAGAGUUUGCUGUGCAUGUCAAGGGUGUGUUUCACCAUGGUGCCAUCAUUCUGCUCAACACGAGUCUGUGCCAGGCUCUGUCCAUUAGACCUGAUGGGAGCUGCAGUGGAGCAGGUCAGCAGCAGCAGGAAUCCUACUGGAAGGUGCAUAAAGUUGGCUCUGGACUCUGCAUGUUUGAAAGUGUGAAAAAACCAAGAAUGUAUCUGAAGAUCAAAGAUGACCAGUGUGAUGGAACAGGAACAGGUGAUGAAUACUGUCAUUUUAAAAUUGAGAAGAAUUUGGGAACUGGAUCUGUGAGUCUGGAAUCAGUGCAAAAUAAAGGGAUAUAUGUUGGUCUUCUGCCAGAUGGCCAAACGAAACCAGUUGUUAACACUGGAGAGAGAAAUAUCUUUUUCUACCCACAGGUCAUCAAAUUUGGCCGGGAAAGGCCUAUGGGAACAUCUGCAGCAUGCAAACAAGAGAAGAAAGGCUUCAGAGAAUCUCAAUUCCAACCAGCAAAAGCCCAGGAGCCAGUACCUCAAAGGCCCUCAACUCCCCCACCCUCAAAGGAAAUGAGAAAUCCCCAAGGUGGUGAGUGUCCCCUUCCUUCAGAUGAUGAAUGGAAAGUGUCAAUACUGACAGGAAAUGCAGGAACUGAAGCAAGUGUUGCUCUUUGGAUAUAUGGAGACAGAGGAUUAACUGGACCAAUAACUCUUGGCAAGGACAACAAGAAGCAGCUGUUUUUUCCCAGGCAGGAAGAUGAAUUUCAGGUUAAAAUAAACAGCAUUGGGAAUAUCUACAAGAUAAGAAUUGGACUUGUUGGAUUGCCAAAUGAACAAUCCAAGUGGAACUUACAGAGGGUGACACUGCAGCAUCUAAAGAGCAAGAAAACACUGAACUUUCCAGCAAACACGUGGUUAUCAAAGAAUCGUGAUGAUAGAGAAUUUCUGUGUGAACUUCCAGUAGUGGAAGGUGGAAAACCUAUCUAUCCAAUUGUUUUGUACCAUGUUUAUGUCUACACGGGUGACUUGGAGCAAGCUGAGACAGACUCUGCGGUUUAUUUGUGUAUCUAUGGAAAAAGGGGAGACUCUGGUCUAAGACUUCUGCACAAAACUGGUAUACCUGUGACCUUUCAGAGAGGAAAGGUCAGUGUGUUUGGAGUGGAAGCUGUAUCUCUUGGGAAGCUGCAGAAGGUGCUGUUGCGCUGUGAGGCCAGCACCAAGGCCCAGCACUGGUACUGUGAGAAAGUCAUCGUCAGAGAAGCCGAGAACAACUCAGAAUAUGUUUUCAAUUGUGGAAGGUGGCUUCCAUUUAUAUCUCAGGGUAUAAUCCAUUCAGAAAUUGAGCUGUUCCCUCAAGGGUUUGAAAAAAAUCAGCAGCUGAAAAUGCAAGAAGCAAAUGAAGGAGACUGGAAGAUAACUGUAGUCACUGGGGAUUUUGAAACAGCUGGCACAACAGCAACAGUAUUCCUUUAUGCUUAUGGAGAAAACAAAGCUUCUGGUCCUAUUAUUUUGGGAUCUGGGAAACAACAGCUGUUUAAUCCCAACAGUGAAGACACAUUUAAGGUUGAUCUCAGAGAUCUUGGGCAGCUAUAUAAAAUUCGCAUUGGCCACGACAACACUGGAAAUGAUCCCAGCUGGUACCUGGAGGAAGUCAGACUUGAAAGAGUAAUCCCUCUGUCUGAUGCAGAGAUUUGCCUCCCCAUAGAGAGCUGGCUUUCCGAAGACAGGGAUGAAGGUGAUACGUGGAGAGAAGUGGCAGUAAGAAACCCUGCAGAGGAGCUUUUGCCAUUGUUGGUGUAUGAGGUGCGUGUAUACACAGGUGUUAAACUUGGUGCUGAAACAGAGUCAAAUGUUUAUAUCAACAUCAUUGGGACAAGAGGAGAUACUGGCAAAAGGAAGCUCCAUAGAUCUAAGAAUAAUAAUAUUAAGUUUCAACAUGGACAGAUGGACAUUUUCUGCAUAAGGGCUGUCUCACUGGGAGACUUGGAGAAAGUUCUGAUUAGCCAUGAUGGAGCUGGUCCAGGCAGUGGAUGGUUCCUGGAUAAGAUUGUCAUCAAGCAUAAAGAAGGAGAGGAAGCUCAGGAGGUUGUAUUUCCUUGUAAUAGAUGGUUAGAUGAAUAUCAAGAUGAUGGGAAAACAGAGAGGGAGCUAACUGCCAAUAAGGAUGGCAGUUCAAUGAAUACACUCCUUCAAGCACAAUGGUGGAGAGUGCAGGUUAAAACAGAUGGAGAUUCCCCAGAGCCACACGAGUGUAAAAGGACCCUUGUGAUUUAUGGCUCAAAGGCCAAAAGUGAUGAGCUGCUGCUUUCUCCACAAACCCCAGGAUAUGUGUGCUUUCUUCCCAGAGCAACUGAUGAAUUCAUUGUUGAGACUGGAGAUCUGGGAGAUGUAUACAAGAUUCGAGUCAGCUGUGAGGAUGUGCCAGGCUUUAAGGGCUGGCAUCUGAAGUCUUUUCACUUACAAGAGUUGCAUACGAAACAAGAACUGAACUUUGACUGUAACUGCUGGCUAACUCUUAAGAGAGACGAUAAGGAGCUGGUAAAAGAAUUCCCUGCAGUCACUGAGGACCAGAAAACUUUACCAGUCUAUAAAUAUGUUGUUUCUGUACAUAUUGGCGACUGCUGGGGAGCAGAGACUUUUGCAAAUGUUUAUCUCACUCUCUAUGGCAAAAGAGGGGACACAGGUGUGAGGAAACUUCAGAAGUCUUUAACAAAAGGAAGAAAAUUUCAAAGAAAUAAGGUGGAUUCAUUUUUGGUGGAAGCUGUUUCUUUGAGUCAUUUGCAAAAAGUGGUCAUAGGACACGAUGGAGAAGGCUAUGGGGCAGGGAUGUACCUCAAGAUGGUAACAGUCAAGGAAUCACAAGAUUCAGACACAGAAUGGGUCUUUCCAUUGUGGAACUGGCUUGAUACUCAUCUCGGCUUAUGUGAGACCGUUUGUGAGAUUGUAACAGUUGGCAGAAGGUCGACUCUUAGUCCUAAAGUGCCUGAAAUCAACAUGAAGUCAUCAGGUUUCUGGAUAAUGGAUAUCACUGGAUCUGACCUGAGUGGUGAAGAGGAUCCAAUACGCCUUUCUUUUAUCUUCUAUGGCAACCUGGGCCACAAAAAGUUGCCACUUCAAGUCACAGGAAAAGCAGUUCAGAUCAAAGAUGAACUGGCAGACAUUGGCUCAAUAACCAAAGUUCAGGUAACUGGCCCACACAGUGAGCUAAAACAGCCAUGGCACUUAGAUUUACUGCAUAUGCAGCACACAGACACAAAGGAGGAGAUGUGUUUAGCUUUUGACUGCUGGUUCAACCCCAAGGAAGAUAAAUGUGUGGAGCUGCCAGCUCUCUAUGCAGAUCAGGAGCCCCUGCCUGUUGUGGAAUAUGAAAUCCAUUUGCACACGGGAGACUUGAAGAAGGCAGAUGCCACUGGAGAGGUUUAUCUUCAUAUACAAGGAGAAAAAAGUGACUCGGGGAAGCGACGGCUUACCUCGAAAAACAGCCUGAUCACUUUUGCUAGAGGGCAGGUGGAUAUUUUCAAAAUCAAAUCUGUAUACCUUGGCAAGUUGAAUCAAGUGUGUGUUGGAUUUAAAAGUCUGAGAAAAGAUGGUUGGUUUUUGGAAAAAAUUGUUAUAAGAGAAGUCUUCUACCCUUUUUCUGCACAUGUUUUUUUUCAUAAUGGCUGGAUCAAUAAACGCUCCAAGGAAGACUUUGUAGAAGUCACAAUUCCGCUCCAAGAAACAUCUGUGACAUCUCUUCCCACGGAAAAUUUAGACACGAAAAGUAAAGGACCAUGGCAAACAUGGGUGCACUGCACCCAAGUACCAGGAGACGUUCCUAACAUUCAAGUCAUUGCAUUUGGAAGAAAAGGGAAAUCCCCUGCACAGAAAGUUCAAAAUCUAAGUGAUACUCCCUUUUUGUUGACCAUUGGUGAUAUUGGAGAUAUAACAAAAGUCUCCUUUGUGUUAUGUGGUCCAUCCUUGAGAAGAGGAAUUAAACUUCACAAGCUUCAGCUAAAAGACCUGGACACUAAACAAGAGUUGGGCUUUCACACUGAAGCUCCAUGUCUGUUUGGAGAAGAUGGAUCUGAGACAGUGACAGAGCUUGCUGCCGUCAGGCCAGACCAGCCACCACUCAGGGAAGUCCUUUACUUGAUCAAUGUCCACACAGGAACACUCCCUGCAUCAGGAACUGAUGCAGAUGUUUUUAUCACUGUAUUUGGAGAGUGGGGAGAUUCCUGCAAAAGGAGACUAGGGCACUCACAUUUUGAAAGAGGGCAGGUUUCUGUCUCUGAAAUGAGGGCAGUAGACCUUGGACAGUUAAGCAAAGUGCUUGUUGAGCACCAUGAUGUAGGUUAUGGAGCUGGCUGGUACCUCGACCAAAUCGUCAUCCAUGAAUCAGGCAAGAGUGAUGAACAAUAUGCAUUUCUUUGCCAGCAAUGGUUAGACAGUGGAGUUGGUGACGCACAGAUGGAACGAACAUUGAAACUUCUUGGAAAAGUCAGGAAUGGAAUGUUGACAGGAAAGAUUUAUGGGACUUGGGAUGUCCAUGUCACAAGUAGUGAUAUUUCUUCUAGUUCCAUCAACCCUAAAAUGUCUCUAACUGUAUGUGGUGAAAAAGGAACUUGUACUUCAGUCAUAUUCCCCAAAGGAUCCCUUAAAAAAGAGCAGAUUUAUGAGACUUCUAUUGAACUAAGUAAGAAAUUUAAUACUAUAUUCAAAGUUCGCCUAGAAAUUGAAGAAGCUGGAGAAGGCGAGACUUGGCAUUGCCGUGAGAUAAAGCUUCAACACAGAGAAACUAAAAAUGUUCUAGAAUUCCCAUUUUGGCGUAACUUUGCCGAUGAAGAAGGAGGAAGAGUGGCUGAGCUUCCAGUUCUCACAGCUGGGUCUCCUUUUCCAGCAGUGAAAAUCUAUGUACUCUACAUCACUACGGGAGCUACCCCUGGGUCAGGAACAGAUGCAGAUGUGUGUGUCAUGCUGCAAGGCUCCUUGGGAGAUACUGGCAGAAGAAAGUUAAUUAGAAAUGGAGAUGAAAAUUUCACUAAAGGAAAGGUGGAUAUUUUUCAAGUGGAGGCAGUAGAUAUUGGUAUUCUGCAAAGGAUGAUUGUUGAAAAAGGGAGAGGCUCUGACUGGCUUCUGGAGAAGAUUAUUGUGAAAGAGUCAACAUCUUCAGGCACAGAAACAUUGUUUAUGGCUCAAAAAUGGCUUAAAGACAGACGUGACGGAAAAAGAUCUGCCUUAGUAACUCUGGAUGCCACAGAAGUUCAGGAGAGGAGGAGCACAUCUGCCUGGCCUUUAGGAAGAGAGCAAAUGAAUUCAGAAGGCAGAUGGAGGAUUUAUUUCACAAAGCAUCAAGAAGAAACAAAAUCAGAAUUUGAAAAGUUGUCAGAAAAUAUAUCCAAGAUGGUUAUGGUUUUUUAUGGAAGCAACGGCAAGUCAAAUCCAGUUUCCAUGGAAAACAAAGUGGAACAUCAGAUUGAGAACCAAAUAACAUAUGAAAUACAUUUGCCAUGCAACUUGGGAGUGCUUUAUAAAGUGAGACUUGGCCUCCAGAGUUUGGGAAACAACAUAUCCCAGUUGUCUCUUUGUCACUUUAAAAUACAGAAUGCGUCAACCCUGGAUACCUUUAGUCUCACCAUAAAUAAAACCCUUCCCCUUUCUCCUAAUGGAGACAGAUGGAUUGAAUUCCCUAUACAGUGGCCAUUAAAAGAAGCACUUUCUGUGGUUACAUAUCAUCUAACAGUAUUUUCAAAAAAUAUUUUGAAUGAGAGAAAUUUAGUCUAUAUGACUGCAUGUAUAUAUGGUACUCAUGGUGACACAGGGGACAGAUCCCUUCUCCAGUCAUUACAGAAUGUACAGCAGGAAGAGACAAAUGAGUCAUUUCUAGUUAUCAUGGAUGCUGUUGACUUGGGAGCACUGGAAAAAAUUGUUCUCUUGAUCAGCAGUAAAACAGACUGCAAACUGAACAUUAAAAAAUUGCAUGUGCAAGAAGCUGCGAAGGAGCAUCCUAUCUAUGUAUUUGAAGUGAAUGAAGAAUUUUCUGUGAAUGCCAAUAAGCCCAAAAUACAGAGAGAAAUCCCAGGAUCUUUUGUUAUUAGAGGAGAGAAACAAAAGAUUGAUAUAGAUAACAACUUGAAUAAAGAAGGAAGUCAAGUAAAAAAAUUGACAGAGUAUACUAUUAAAGUGUACACAGGUGACAAAAGGGGAGCAGGGACUGAUGCCAACGUGCAUAUUAUUUUAUUUGGGAAUGAGGACAAAUCUGAGGUAUUUCAACUCGCUCACUCACUGGAGCACCAAAAUCCCUUUGAAAGUGGAAAGGUUGAUACAUUCAAGAUUAAGACAAAAAAUUUAGGCAGCCUACGUUCAAUUGAAAUUGGCCACGAUGGGAAAGGAUUUGCAAGUAGCUGGUUUCUAGAAAAAGUUGAAAUCACAGAUGCAGCUAGGAAUUCAGUGCAUUGCUUCAACUGUAACAGGUGGCUUUCUGAAGAUGAAAGUGAUGGCCUCACCAUAGUGCAACUUUAUCCACAGCUGCUUGAUUUUUGAUUCUUUCCAAGUGUGAUGCUUCUCCAAAGUCAUACUGAUUUGAUUUACUUGUCUUUUAUAAUUCUAGAGGCAUUGUAAUUAGUGUGAAGAAAAGUCAAAACAAUGUAUUAAAAAAUCACAGUAAAUUAAAUAUGUGUAAUGUGAACACAGAAUUCUGAUCCUAUUAUACAUGCUCAAAAAUUUUACAUGACAGAAAUUUAGAUAUCAGAAACUGAAAUCUCUCACACGGCUCUGUGGACUUGAACUGAGCAAUCAUAAUGGUAGACAUAUGUAGUAACAUACUCAAAUAUUUUUGUUUCAGUAAUGAUUUGUAGGUAAGCUAAAUUUAGCUCAUUUCAAAUCUGUCAAUAUGUAUUAAUUUGAUGGGGUUUUUUUUCAUUUUCAACAUUUAUUAAAAUUUAGAUUUCCUCAAAAUCAUUUUCCAAACAAACUGCACAACCCUUCAGCUUUACUAUAUAUUGCUUCUCUGAAGACCAUAACAGACAGUAAUAAAGAUCUUUUUAUUCAGAAAUUCACCCUGUGUCAGUAAGCCUCUCACUGACGCUUGAUUGUAAAAUCUUGUAGCUGAGCCAGAACCUCAGCUGAGAACCUUUAGAUCCAAAGGGUCUCUUAAGAGAGGCUGUUAUCAGUAACACUGCAAUAGCUUAGGCAGGCUUAGGCAGCUCCCUGCUCAGCUUGAUGAUUUUUGCAGUUCCUCUCCCUAGCUAUCAAACCAGAUUUCCAGUGCUACUUGUGUGAAUGUCUUUAUGUCAAAGAAAAACAAAAAGAAGGCCUUGUUAUUUUUGCAAAUACACACUAAAAAAAAUGUAUUUAGCUAUAAAUGCACAAAUUAAUGCUUGAUUUGGUAGGUUUUGAUAUUGUCAGAAUUGACUGAGGAAGGAUUUAGGAUACAGACAAGUCUGAAAUGAAACCAGGACUUGCACACCACCUGAAGUUUCAUGUGUGUGAUCAAAAUACAAAUAUUUUAUAUAAGCUAUAUAAGACAUCCAUCUCUCAAUCAAAGAUUUCACGUUUUGUACCUCCAAAAUCUAUAAUCUUUCUGAAGAUCUGAAUUUUAGACUUGUUUUACCCUCAAAGACACUACCAUAUUCUGUAGCAGCAAUGGGCUUUCUAUAAUUAUAAGAAAUAAAUGAGUUUGUAAUCUGUGUUGAUAAAGUAUUGUCUGGCUGUAUUUUUAAUAUGUUUAAUGUUUAUUUACUCACACUUUUCUGUGAAACUAGGACAGUUGGCUGACAUCUGCAUGGGUGAUGAGAUCUCAGUUGUUAUUUUGACACAAGAUAAAAUAAUAAAUGCCUAUAUUUGGCCUUGGUAGGUAAUAUAAAUUUUUAAUAUAAUUUUUAUCUACCUAUGUCAUCAAAAGGACAACUAUUGUAAGGUGUGGAUGUGGUCAGUGUAAGCAAUGGAGCACUCAAAUUUUUUUUAUUUUUUUUCCUCACACUGUAACCACACUGGAAUGGAUUGGAAAUUGUAUCCCCAGAGCCCACAGUUCACUUACUUGGUAUCAGUAUUCAUUACACUGAAUCACUUCGUUGUGAUCUAUUAUGUGAUUUGUUUCAUUAUUAUGUGUUUCAUUAAUAGUUUGUAAUACUAGCUCGCUUUGAUGCCAUUUCUGAUUUAUCUAGUGUAAAUAAUGCCUUCCUAAUCUGUUUUUCUUUACUAACACUUGAUACCCUUCUUCUGCAGCUGCCUUCCAUACUUGAAAAUUAUUUUCUCUACCUAUACAGUGUCCAAAUCAGGUUUUGGAUUUGCUUCCCUGGAUCCAGAGCUGUGUGUACAGCUCUCCAACUCUUCUAAUAAUGGGACCAGUACUGCAGAGGGUUUCAUUUCAAGAGCAUCGUGGCUGCUUGCAGCACACAAUAGCAGGGGACUACACUUUGAUAAGAAAAUGUGAAAUACCAUCUAAUCCCCCGCUCAGGUCUUGCUUGGAAGACAUGCCAGUUAGCAUAUUUAUCUUGUGACUAGUGCCAAACCCCAAAUGUGCUUCUUCCCCAUGCUGAUGUGCUGUGGUUGGCACAGAAGUCACUUAAUCUCUGUCCCCUGCCAGUGGGAUGCUUUUUGGUAAAAUUGCUGGCCAAAGACAGGGAGAUUACAAAGGUUCCUCCUCGUGUGCACUCUGCUGUUCCUACACAGCAAGGGUGCUGCCCUGCUUUUUUCCUCCCAGCACCCUGCCCUGCCUGUGGAGAGCCUGGGCAGAUAUUGACACUACUGAUGCUUCCAUGGGGAACAGAGAUGUAGCAUGGAAAACUGCCUGGGUCAACAAGUAAUCCAGGACUUUGACACACAAAGAAGUCUUGGAAGGAGCAGUACGAUAAUCAGCUGGAGGAGGCAAGGCAGUAGUGGAGAGAAGGGUUUGACUUCUACUGCCUCUCUCUGUUGCAACCUGACUGAAGAUCUGUGAAAGAAAGCAGGCUAGAAGAUUUUGCUGCUAUUCCUAUUAUGCAUUUGAUUAUGUACUGCAGACAAAGACUGAAGUUGGGUGCUAAAACAUUUAACCUGUAGACUGUAUCAUAGAUGCUUAAAUAAAACUGAGUCUAAAAAUGUC